UCGUCGACGCUACACUCUCUCUCUAUCUCUCUCGUGUUUCUCUCUCCUCUUCUGCCAUCAUCAUUGCCAAACCCAUUUUCUUCACUGAGAGGCACACACAAGAACAAAGGAAAAGGAAAAUUCGAAGCAACGCUUUUCAAUCGUUUUGAGGUUUUGCUUUUGUUUUUGCGACCACUUUCCAGAUCUGAAUCGCAAUCCGACAUUGCCGAUUAUCAUUUCACAGAGCGGAUCUCGAUUCUCGACUGCGUCGAUGCAUUCUUGAUUCUCCAAUAACUCGAUUCACUUGAAUUCCAGGUUUCGCUGAUUUUGGAUUCCGUCCUUUCACUCCUCACUUUCAUGUUCUUCUUCGGCUUCGAAUUCUCCCCUCAUCCGUGUGUAAACAGAUCUUGAAAAUUGGCGCCCCAACGACGCUCGCAGCGCCACAUGGGUGGCCAGAUGCAGCAGAGCAAUGCUGCCGCCACUGCUCUGUAUGACCACGCCGGCACUGGAGCCCUGCACAAUGCAGCAGGGCCUGCCACCGAUGCCGGCGAUGCCGUCAUGGCGCGCUGGUUGCAGUCUGCCGGCUUGCAGCAUCUGGCCUCUCCAUUGGCUUCCACCGCUAUCGAUCAACGCCUUCUCCCCAAUCUUCUCAUGCAGGGUUAUGGAGCACAGUCUGCAGAAGAAAAGCAGAGGCUUUUUAAGUUAAUGAGAAACCUCAAUUUUAAUGGGGAAUCUGGUUCAGAGCCAUAUACGCCCACUGCCCAAACUUUAGGUGGAGUGACUGUAUCGGAUGGGUUUUAUUCUCCUGAGUUCAGAGGGGAUUUCGGUGCUGGGCUUUUGGAUCUUCAUGCUAUGGAUGAUACAGAGCUUUUGUCUGAGCAUGUUAUUUCAGAACCCUUUGAGCCAUCACCCUUUAUGCCUGGAGGUACCCGAAGUUUUGAAGAUGACUUCAAUCCAAUUAGCAGCAAGCAGGAUAGAGGAGAAGCAGAUGCUGAUGCAUCACUUUUUUUACCUAUGAAUGAAAAAGACAGUAAUUCAAGAGAAAAUAAUGUUGCGAAGAUUAAAGUUGUGGUACGCAAAAGACCUUUAAAUAAGAAGGAGCUCGCUAAGAAGGAGGAUGAUAUUGUAAAUGUAUAUGACAAUGCAUAUUUGACAGUCCAUGAACCCAAACUAAAGGUUGAUUUGACAGCUUAUGUGGAGAAGCAUGAGUUUUGUUUUGACGCAGUUCUUGAUGAGAAUGUUACCAAUGAUGAAGUAUAUCGAGUCACAGUAGAACCAAUUAUUCCUACAAUUUUUGUGAGGACAAAAGCAACCUGUUUUGCUUAUGGUCAGACAGGAAGUGGAAAAACAUACACAAUGCAACCAUUACCACUCAGAGCUGCAGAAGACCUUGUUAGACAGUUGCAUCAGCCAGUUUACCGAAAUCAAAAAUUUAAAUUGUGGCUUAGCUACUUUGAGAUAUAUGGUGGAAAGCUUUUUGAUCUUCUUAGUGACAGAAAGAAACUCUGCAUGAGAGAAGAUGGACGGCAGCAAGUUUGCAUUGUAGGUUUGCAAGAAUUUGAAGUUUCUGAUGUACAGAUUGUCAAAGAAUUCAUUGAAAAGGGGAAUGCAGCAAGAAGUACAGGAUCCACUGGUGCGAAUGAGGAGUCCUCCAGGUCACAUGCUAUCUUACAACUGGUUGUAAAGAGGCACAAUGAGGUAAAGGAGAGCAGGCGGAACAAUGAUGGAAAUGAGGCAAAAAGUGGAAAGGUUGUGGGGAAGAUUUCCUUUAUUGAUCUUGCUGGAAGUGAAAGAGGUGCUGACACUACUGACAAUGAUCGUCAGACUAGGAUUGAAGGAGCAGAAAUCAAUAAGAGCCUUUUGGCUUUAAAGGAGUGCAUUCGUGCUUUGGACAAUGACCAGAUCCAUAUUCCUUUUCGUGGAAGCAAACUUACAGAAGUGCUUCGUGACUCCUUUGUUGGCAAUUCAAAGACUGUUAUGAUCUCUUGUAUAUCUCCAAAUGCUGGGUCUUGUGAACACACACUUAAUACCUUGAGAUAUGCAGAUCGAGUUAAAAGUCUAUCCAAAAGUGGAAAUCCUAGAAAGGACCAGGCCCCGAAUCCAGUACCACAAAUGAAUAAGGAGGCUUUAUCCACAUCAUCCAUUCCAGCUAGUGUUGGUGCAGAGGAUUUUAGUGAUCAACGUCAAGAGGUGAAAACAGUGGAUAUGGGGAGGAAAGUUAUUGAAAAGGAAAAUUCUUUGUACAGCUCUGCUGCUGACGUUGACAAACAACCAUCGAAUUUUUCUUCAAGUUAUCUAUUAAAUGGGCGAGAGGAAAAAGGUCUGGCUUCUGCCUCGAUGGACAGGGACAGGUUUGAAGUGAAGAAUUCUUACAGUGAUUCUACCAGUCAAAAGAUGAGCUCUUCUUAUUCCCAAAAUGAUGCAGAUGAGAAAUUGCAAAAGGUGUCUCCCCCUCGCAGAAAAGGAUCUAAGGAGGAGAAGUCUGAAAGGUCUGUGAACUGGCUAAAAAGGGAUGCCAAUGGUUCUGAUCACUUCAGUACAGGCUCCAAGCAGCAGAGCACAGGGAAUUAUAACACAGUUACCACUGCAUCCAGGCAGUCUGAAACUGAAUACACUCCUGAUGGGAAUAUCAGUGCAAUACUUGAGGAGGAAGAAGCACUAAUUGCUGCUCAUAGGAAAGAAAUUGAGGACACAAUGGAGAUUGUUCGUGAAGAAAUGAAACUAUUGGCGGAAGUGGACCAGCCAGGGAGUCUUAUUGACAACUACGUAACCCAGUUAAGUUUUGUGCUUUCUCGCAAAGCAGCCAGCCUAGUCAGUCUUCAAGCUCGCCUGGCAAGAUUCCAACAUCGACUAAAAGAACAGGAGAUACUGAGUAGAAAAAGGGUACCCCGUUAAUGGGCUUGUUGGUUUCUCUUAUUCAAUGAUGAUGAUGUGUAUGUUCUUGAUUUAAUUUCUCUCGUGUUUGUUAGCAAUAUAGUUUAAAGGUUUUUGUUCAUUUUAUAUAAACGGAUCUUUUGUUGGAUAUUCAAAUUAAAUUUCCGUAAAUGUAUAUUUGUUCCUUGUGAGAUAU